AUGUAUAGCGGCUCAAAACCUAAAUCAUGGAAUCAGUCAUUCUCAUUUUAGAAUUAGCAGUAAGAGGAUCAUCAUGCCUACAAAGAUCAAAAUUAAUAUCAAGCUCCAGCACCUGCAAAGGAUCUUAAUUAAUAUCUUAAUGACCUCAAGCAGUUGGCCAGGCAUAAGAAAGCAAAGCUUUCUAAUAACUAGUCUUCACAAUAGUAAUAUCAAUUGAAUAUGAGUUUAGGUGGAGGAGUUUAAAAAAGCAUGAACUAAAGACAAAAACAUUAUAAUACUAAGACUUAGUAAAAUAUUUCCAUUAAUCGAGAUAAUAGCAGGAAAAGAUCUAGCUAGAAUAAUUAAAAUUAUAGAACAAACUUCAAUCCUCCUCGGUAAAGCUUUGAAUAUAAAUCUAAUACAUCAAAUCAAUUGAAUUUAAGUUAAAAAAGACGCAGAUAGCAUCAGCCUUCCACAAUGAAUGAAAGCACAAAAACAACUAACAGCUUGCUGAUGAAUUCCUUUACAAAUUAGCUUAUUAAUCAAAAGUACAGCAAUAUUAUGCAAAAUGAAGAAUCUAAUGAAGAGGUGGCACUGAAAAGAUUCAUGUCUGGAAUAAGAUCAAAUGAACAUAAUCAAAAUUAGAAGUCUUAGCAAAACUAAAGCUAUCAAGGCAAUAAACGCUCUCAAUCAAAUAAAGUCUUUUAGGCGAAUAACAAAAAUCAAUUGAUAUAAAACAUCAUCCUUAACAGCAGUUCUUUCAGCAGUAUGAAGAGGAAACCAUCACCAUCUAUGAAAAAGAGUCUUAAUAAGCAGUCAUAGAAUAUGGCUAAAUUUAAGUGCUAUAUUGAUUCAAUUUUGUCCUUAAAUACAAGUCCGAAUAGAUCUACUAAGUAUAAUACUAGUAUGAAGAGAGAUAAUUAAAAUAAGAAGCAAAAACGACCUCAAUCAGAAAACAAAUCCUUGUAAAGAAUGACCAGCGAUGCUUUCUAUCAGCUUAAUUAAAAUACUUCCAAACCUUUAAGCAUUCCUUUUAUCUAAAAUAUGGAUAACUCUAAUGGAUUUUCUUAUUUCAAUUAGAAUUCGGAAGAGGAUCAAGUUAUUAAGCAAUAAAAAUUAUAUUAAGCUUAAAAUCAGCAAAUAUUGAAUUCUACUAAAUCAACAGAAUUAAAUAGUAAUACUGGUAACGGCUAUGUAACUUCUCUUGAGCCUAAGAAGUACUUCACAAAUCAGCUUAACUCAAACACUCAGAAUAGCAAUACUCUCUACUCAUUGCAAUAUAUCUAGCAGAUGCAGUCUAGUUCACUCAACUAAAAUAUGCUGAUGAAUCUUAACUAGAAUAAUAAUGGAGUAACUGUGAGUGAAUCUCUAAACAGAUGUGAUAUUGGGAGUCUUAGUGGCAAUGAUUUUAAUAAUUAGUUGAUCUUUCAAUCUUAGCAAGUUAAAAAUCUUAAUCUAGAAGAAAUACAUUACUCAAUCGUUAAGAAUCUACAACUAUAAAGUAAAUUAGCUUUUGAAAAGGAUAGACCUCAUCUUAAUCAGGAAGAAUUCCAAGAUAUGGUCUAAGAGGAAGAAUCUCAAGUAUAAUUUGAUAUAACAAAUAGUGGCAGGAAAAGAGAGAAAUCUAAGAGUAGAUGUUAGAAAAGAAAGAACUCCGUCUCAGUAAUAUACUUAAGUGGAAACGAGGUUAUAGGAACUGACAGAUAGUUUCAUUGA